CCGCCAUUUAACCCGGAUUUAGUGAUGUAAACAAAGAAUUUGAAUUGACAGACCGCGAGCUUGUUUUCAAAUUUUCACCAUGGGCAAGCAAAAGAAAGACAUCGGGGAAUUUGGUUACAUGAGAAGGAUCUACAACGGACUCGCCGAAGAGAUUGCAACAUUGCAGAAGCGACUGAAGGAGCUGGACAAGAAAGAGAGAUUCUUGCGUGCAGAGGCCCUAAAACACCAAGUACAACUAACUGCGGAUUCAGAAAUCAAAUGUAUUCUAAAAUCCAAAGGAGACUCGAUUCACUUGACGGAGGAACACACAGACAUUGUGAAGAAACAGCGGGAAGGACAAAGGACUGUUUCAGCCAACCACGUGAUAUCAGCCAGAGUGGAGGUGGAAGCUGUUGAAGGAAUGGACGAGGAGGAGGAGGAGGAGCAGCAGCAGCAGCAGCAGCAGAAGAGUAGAAGUGCUCCAGCAGAAUUAGGGCUAUUGAAACGCUGGAAAGUUGAGGGGAAGAUUGGCGAAUGUUCUUACAGCAUUAGUUUUCUGGCUGGCUGUGAUUUGGAGAAUCCACUGGGCACAAUCUUGCAAAUUGAAAACCUAAGUGCAACAGAAGGAAAUCCUGUAAUCCAAGAUAUUAUUGACUAUAAGCAAGAUGGUCCAUUUAAAGUACAGCAGCUAAGCAAUCUUCUCUUUGGGUUGCAGAUGAUGUAUGAAGAGAGAAAUGAAGCCAUUGAUCAACUGAAGGACAUUCCGAAUUUAGAAGUCCAGCAUGCAAUUGAACCUGUGACCAUAGAAUUUGAACCUCAGGAAGGGUAUCAUAUAAAAAUAGUUUGGAAGAUAGGUUUUGAUACGAGGAACAUGAGAGUCAUUAACAUUAUUGAAGUUGUCUGUGAUGAUGAAGUAACAGCAAGAUUUAGCAGAAGUACAGGUUUCCCUUACCUCAGCGGCAGAGAAACUAUAACAACACCCAAGGGUGUUCUGGAGUUUGUUGAAUCGUACAUGGACCAUUAAUUCUGGCUUUCAGUUUUUUAUAUCAUAAGUAAUGAUAUGUAUAUAUUAUUUCUUCAUAUUUUUUAAGUUGGAGCUUUGUGGAAGAUCCUUUAAAGAGACGAAAGAAGUUCUACUUUUACAUAGACACAGGUUCAUGCAGACACACAGGCAGACACAGAUAUACACAUGCACACAUAUGCAAAAUAAUAUAUAUAUAUGCCUGAGAGAAGAAAAAAUAUACAUAAAAUAGAGGAGACACCAGAGAUUUAGGGAAGGAAAAUAUACAAGAGGGUAAGGGAGAAGCAGGACUGUACAAGAAGGGCUUGCCACACGAAAGCAGGGGCAAGUCCGGUUAAGUUCAGCGGCAGUCUACAGUUUAUGGCUGGCAGUUGGUAACCAUCUAGGAAUGUGGGAAGUGGAGACUGUCAACAGGUGGAAAAUAUUUCAUAUCGAAAAUGAGCAUUUGUUUAUCAUGAAGGAUACCAUCAGUUUGCAAUUAUGUACACCAGCAGAACUAAAGACUCUGAUAACUCAUUCAGAUAGAUGAUGAGGGUGCUCUUGAUCUGCCCCCCAGCUAUGACUUACUUGUGUUGAGAGAUGCACUUAUUGUCCUACCACUGUAUGAACAGGAAAACACGGAUUGGUGUGCAUAUAGGGCUACUUUAGAAGUAGAGCAAGGACAAGUGCAUAAUAAGUAACUAGAGAGUAGUUACCUGACAAAAGAUAAGUCUAUGGGGGAAUGAAGGGAAGUUGUCUACACCUAUUUCUUUGUUAAACUCAUAUUGUAGAUUUCUCUGCUUCUUUAACAAUACGGUAUUGCUUAGUUAAAUACAUGUAAAUAUUGGUAUGUUUAUAUAUAUAUUGUGUAUGUGUGUGCAUGAUUUUUAUUUUUUAGAAAACUAAAAUAGGUAUUUAAAACAUCUUAUGUAUAUAUGUCAAGCUUCUCAUAUUUUCUUAGUUUAUCAUCUGAAUCAAAGCUUCAGUUUGACUGAGCAAAUGGAGUUUUAUAAUGAUGUAAUGAUGUUGAAUAAGGAAAAAUAAAAGAUUUUUAA